GCGACUUGACUGACGUCAACCUGACGGGGCUCACAGCAACCUUCCCCAAUUGGCGGGUUCUCACCCCUUCUGUGCUUGUCUCUCUUCUUCGGCUUGAGAGCUGUCAUUGUGGUGUGAGUGCUUAUCGUUGUACCUGAAAAUACUCCGACAAUGAUUAGGGCAUGACGCCAUGAAACAGAAGGCUCGAACCAAGUCUUCUCCCCAGUGCAUGACGCCAUGUUGAGCGCACUUUGAAGCUGCAUCUGAUAAGCAGAAGUUGUUGCAGGGAGUGGCUUAAAAUGCUCCUGUGAAAAAGUCUUUUUCUUUGGGAAUGCCAUCUAUCUCGACUUGUGAUCGAGCCCAAUUCAUACAUACUACGCCAAAUUCAGAAUGCCAGACUCCGUAGUUCAGUUGUUAUGUGGUGUGAAGAACGACCCAUGGGGUAAGAAGGGAAAGGAUUCCCUGGCGGGAGUGCUGUGGUCUAAAACGCCUGGAGCCGGAGAAGUUGAUGAUUCCAAGACCUAUUCCGAGAUGUGGAUGGGCACAUAUCCCACCGUUCCCUCCAAGAUCUUGUCCACGGGACAGCUGCUGAGCGACUACCUGAAAGAAAACCGAGAGGUUGUGGGCAAGUCCGCGUUGGACAAAUGGGGACCUGAGGUUCCUUUCCUACCCAAGAUUCUAUCUUUCUCCAAGGCGCUGCCUCUGCAGUUACACCCCGACAAGACUCUAUCAGAGAAGCUCCACCAGACGGAUCCGGGCAAGUUCGCGGACCCAAACCACAAGCCGGAGAUUGCCAUCGCCUUGUCAAAGUUCGAGCUCUUUGCGGGCUUCAAGCCCCUGGCCGAGAUUGAACAGCUCAUGAAAGUCAAGCCGCUCGACCAAUUCGUGCCUCCGGGACAAAAGUCCGGCCUUGACGACGAGCUGCUCCGCGAGAUUUGUCGGAUUCUCUUGACGUUGCCCCCGGCCAUUGUCGCCGAGACCAUCAAGGAGCUCCAAGAAAUCCCCGAGUCGCAGUUCGGGCCCAACCAGCGGUAUAUCCCUGGUCUGCUCGACCGGUUAAGCAAGCAGUACUCGGAAACCGACAACGGAAGCUUGGUCGCGGUGCUCCUCAUGAACUACAUGACGCUCGGGCCCGGCGAGGCCGUCUGUGUCCCGGCGGAUAGCAUCCACGCGUAUCUGCACGGCGAUAUCAUGGAGUGCAUGGCCCGUUCGGACAACGUGAUCAGCACGGGCUUCUGCCCCAAGGCGGAGAAGGACAGCGUCGAUCUCUUCACGCGGGCGCUGUCGUUCCAGCCGCACGGUCCGGACGAGGCGAUGUUGCCGCGUCGCAAGAGCGACAAGGGCGAGCACUAUAAGACGGAAGUCUAUGCCCCGCCCUUCAGUGAGUUCAACGUCCUCGGCACCAGUCUGGGAGCCGGCGAGAAGGAGACAUACAAGGCGAUUGGAGGUCCCAGUCUGAUGAUCGUGACUAAGGGUAGUGGGAAAAUGAGCGUGGCGGGUGGUGACGGCGAGACGUUUGAUUUGCGAGAGGGUUAUACUUACUUCAUCGGGGCCGGGGUGGCCUUGGACCUGAGCACGGAGAAGGGGCUCGCGGUGUAUCGUCCAUAUGCAGAGUGAAGCGGUCUAAAUCUGAAAAACUGAGCGGCAGUUAAGCGUAUGGUUGUGUCGAGAUUAUGCCAGCGAUCAUGAAGUUCAUGUGUGGGAUAAGUUGCUGUAUAAU